AUGUUGAGAUACCAUGGGGCAGCUAGUGGUUUACCCUUGGUUUUCAACAUUAGCAGGAUUAUGUUGAGGCCGUCGUCGUUUGUCAGGCCAUUCCAUCAUGGUUCGCAUUAUCUUCAGCACGUCGAUGGGACCACUGAUAAAAAAAACGGUAAUAAAAGUGAAGUACGGACAACAGAUGACACUGUUUGGAAGAAAAAUAUAGAGCCUCAAUGGCAACACCUGAGAAAAAAAUUCACCGAGUUGUACUCCAGAUUCAACUUCCAUCGAGGACAAUUAUCCUAUCAGGUUAAUAAGGCGAAGAAAUCUAUUCAAGAGGCAAACAAGAAACUAUCUGAGCAAGAGAAUGAAAUCAACGAUUCCCGUUUGAAUUAUAAUAAAGAUGAAUUGACUAGUGGAAAAAUUGAAGGAUUGCCCUCCGAAAGGGAACAGCAUAGAAAGAAAUGGUCGAGAAAAAUGGAAUUUUAUUUUGACUCUUUGCAGGAGACUUUAUUCACUGCGACGCGUGCUCUGAAUGACGUGACCGGAUACUCUAGCAUUCAAAAACUCAAAUCUAGCAUUAGUCUAAUGGAAAAGAAAUUAGAAGCUACAAAAAAAGAGCAUAAAUUGUACAAAACGCAAUAUGCCAAUGCCAUUGAUGAACGUGCUCAAUCUCAAAGAGAAGUCAAUGAGUUAUUGCAAAGGCAAAAUGCAUGGUCUUCGAGUGAUUUAGAAAGAUUCACACAGCUAUACAAAAAUGACGCCCUAAAUGCCAAACAAGAGCAAGAAUUAAAGAGCAAAGUUAAGGAAAUUGAAAACAGAGAAGAACAGCUGAACGAUGACUUGUACAGGGCCAUUUUGACCAGGUAUCAUGAAGAACAAAUUUGGUCGGAUAAGAUUAGAAGAACAUCCACUUGGGGUACAUUCAUUCUAAUGGGUAUGAAUAUAUUCUUAUUUGUUGUCUUACAACUGCUGUUAGAACCCUGGAAACGAAAAAGAUUAGUAGGAUCCUUUGAAGACAGAGUAAAAAGUGCUCUCGAUGACUAUUCUAAGGAGCAGAAUAUAAAGAUAGAUAAAGUGUUAUCUGAAAGGUUAUACGCGGACCAAGAUAAUAAGGAAAACUUAAUUCUUGAAGAACCCGUUGAGCAGAGACCAGAGUGUGUGACUGCAAUGCCAGCGAUUGUAACUACUGAGACUGCAACGAAAAUAAAAUCCUUCAGGGGUAUUUGGGACCGGAUAAAGUCGCUCUUCGCUACGCUAAAGGGCAUAGAAUUCAGAAAACUCGAUGCUCCCCUGGUCGUCAACACGUUAGAAUUCUACUUAUACUCAAUUUCUCUGGUGAGUAUGACGAUCUUGAUAUUUGGGGCAAUAUGA